CCUGGACCGCGCUCCGCGCCUCGGGGAAGCGGGGCCAGAAUUCAGUCGUCGUUUGGCCUGUUCGCCACGCCGUAGGUCGCGGUGCAUGAUGGGUCUCGCAAAUAUGGCGUCCUCCUUGAUGUGCUGAUGAGAGGAGUUUCACUGUAGCUUCAAACCAGAGGACAAAACUCCGCAAACCCCAUAAGCUCACGUUAUCCGCCGUCUGCGCGGCUCCGUGUCGUCCGUUUUCAGGACUUAUUCUCAGGCAGGAGAGAGCCACGGGGCCGAGGGCCAGGACCGGCCCGGUCGCACGGACUCGGGGCUGAGCAGCCUGUGCGGGCGAGCACGAUGGGCCGGUCCUGGCUCUGGUUGCAGCAGCUGCGGCGAGUGCGGGACCCGCAGGGCUGAGCGUGGCCGGAGGAGGCCCGAGGUGCUCUGGACCUCUUCCCUUUGGCCGGAGACCUCCGCCCAGGCGCGAACCGACGGCUUGAGCGGGCCGCCUGCCGGGCUGUGCUUGGAGGCCGAGAACGGGGUCAUCGUGAGGCCUCAAGUGUCGCACGCCUUUGACAGCUCGGCCUGCGGCCCCUUCGGGCGCGGACCGCUUCUAGAGCAGCCAGCGGCCGGGUUCCCGGGGGCGUGUGCGUCUGUGUCUGUGCGGCGCUCCCGGAGCUGCCCAGUUUCCCACCGGCUCCCCCCCCCAACUCCGACGUCCCGCUCGGAGUUAGAAGGAUCUCAGCAGACUUUUUGCCUGGUGAGGGGCUCCGCGCACGCUACCUUUUUCUGUUUCUACUCCACCUCUUUUCUGUGAUUUCCCCAGUUCUGGUACACACUAGCCUUUAAGGCUGGAGGUUCUCGAGCGCUUGCUGCCGAGGACUCCCCCUCCCCCACCCCUCCUGAUGGAGUCCGAGAUGCUGCAGUCGCCUCUCCUGGGGCUCGGGGAGGAAGAUGAGGCCGACCUUACCGACUGGAACCUGCCUUUGGCUUUUAUGAAAAAGAGGCACUGUGAGAAAAUUGAAGGCUCCAAAUCCUUAGCUCAGAGCUGGAGGAUGAAGGAUCGGAUGAAGACCGUCAGUGUGGCCUUGGUGUUGUGCCUGAAUGUCGGCGUGGACCCCCCGGACGUGGUGAAGACCACCCCCUGCGCGCGGUUAGAGUGCUGGAUCGAUCCCUUGUCGAUGGGGCCUCAGAAAGCCCUGGAGACCAUCGGCGCCAACCUGCAGAAGCAGUACGAGAACUGGCAGCCCCGGGCCAGGUACAAGCAGAGCCUCGACCCAACCGUGGACGAAGUGAAGAAGCUCUGCACGUCUCUGCGCCGAAACGCCAAGGAGGAGCGGGUUCUCUUCCACUACAACGGCCACGGGGUGCCCAGGCCCACGGUGAACGGGGAGAUCUGGGUGUUCAACAAGAACUACACGCAGUACAUCCCCCUGUCCAUCUACGACCUGCAGACGUGGAUGGGCAGCCCGUCCAUCUUCGUCUAUGACUGCUCCAACGCCGGCCUCGUCGUCAAGUCCUUCAGGCAGUUCGCCCUGCAGAGGGAGCAGGAGCUGGAGGUUGCCGCCAUCAACCCCAGCCACCCGCUGGCCCAGAUGCCACUGCCCCCGUCGAUGAAGAACUGCAUCCAGCUGGCAGCAUGUGAGGCCACUGAGCUCCUGCCCAUGAUCCCUGACCUCCCGGCUGACCUGUUCACAUCCUGCCUCACCACCCCCAUCAAGAUCGCCCUGCGCUGGUUCUGCAUGCAGAAGUGCGUCAGCCUGGUGCCCGGAGUCACACUGGACUUGAUAGAAAAGAUUCCUGGCCGCCUGAACGACAGGAGGACGCCCCUGGGCGAGCUGAACUGGAUCUUCACAGCCAUCACAGACACCAUCGCCUGGAACGUGCUCCCUCGGGAUCUCUUCCAGAAGCUCUUCCGGCAGGACCUGCUGGUGGCCAGUCUGUUCCGGAACUUCCUGCUGGCGGAGAGGAUCAUGCGGUCGUACAACUGCACGCCGGUCAGCAGCCCGCGCCUGCCCCCCACCUACAUGCACGCCAUGUGGCAAGCCUGGGACCUGGCAGUGGACAUCUGCCUCUCCCAGCUGCCCACGAUCAUCGAGGAAGGCACCGCGUUUCGGCACAGCCCCUUCUUUGCCGAGCAGCUGACCGCGUUCCAGGUGUGGCUGACCAUGGGCGUGGAGAACAGGAGCCCGCCCGAGCAACUUCCCAUCGUCCUACAGGUGCUGCUGAGCCAGGUGCACCGGCUGAGGGCCCUGGACUUGCUGGGGCGGUUCCUGGACCUGGGCCCCUGGGCAGUGAGCCUGGCGCUGUCCGUGGGCAUCUUCCCCUACGUGCUCAAGCUGCUGCAGAGCUCCGCGCGGGAGCUGCGGCCGCUGCUCGUCUUCAUCUGGGCCAAGAUCCUGGCUGUGGACAGCUCAUGCCAAGCGGACCUGGUGAAAGACAGCGGACACAAAUACUUCCUCUCGGUCUUGGCCGACCCCUACAUGCCGGCCGAGCACCGGACCAUGACGGCCUUCAUCCUCGCGGUGAUCGUCAACAAUUACAACACGGGGCAGGAGGCCUGCCUCCAGGGCAACCUCAUCGCCAUCUGCCUGGAGCAGCUCAGCGACCCCCACCCCCUCCUGCGCCAGUGGGUGGCCAUCUGCCUGGGGCGCAUCUGGCAGAACUUCGACUCGGCCAGGUGGUGUGGGGUGCGGGACAGCGCCCACGAGAAGCUCUGCAGCCUCCUCUCCGACCCCAUUCCCGAGGUGCGCUGUGCGGCCGUCUUCGCCCUGGGCACCUUCGUGGGCAACUCCGCGGAGAGGACCGACCACUCCACCACCAUCGACCACAACGUGGCCAUGAUGCUGGCGCAACUCAUCAGUGACGGGAGCCCCGUGGUCCGGAAGGAGCUGGUGGUGGCACUGACUCACCUGGUUGUGCAGUACGAAAGCAACUUCUGCUCUGUGGCCUUGCAGUUCAUGGAGGAGGAGAAGAACUACCCGCUGCCUUCUCCUGCGACCACAGAGGGCGGGAGUCUGACGCCGGUGCGGGACGGCCCCUGCACCCCCAGGCUGCGCGCCGUGAGCUCCUACGGGAACAUCCGCGCGGUCACCACGGCCAGGAGCCUGAACAAGUCUUUGCAGAACCUGAGCUUGACGGAGGAGUCCGGUGGCGCGGUGGCGUUCUCCCCCGGGAACCUGAGCACCAGCAGCAGCGCCAGCAGCACACUGGGCAGCCCGGACGCAGAGGAGUACAUCCUGUCCUUCGAGACCAUCGACAAGAUGCGGCGCGUCAGCUCCUACUCCGCCCUCAACUCCCUCAUCGGCGUGUCCUUCAACAGCGUCUACACGCAGAUCUGGAGGGUCCUCCUGCAUUUGGCCGCAGACCCCUACCCGGACGUGUGCGACCUGGCCAUGAAGGUGCUCAACAGCAUCGCCUACAAGGCCACCGUGAACGCCCGGCCGCAGCGCAUCCUCAGCACGUCCUCGCUCACCCAGUCGGCGCCCGCCAGCCCCACCAACAAGGGUGUGCACAUCCAGCAGGCGGGAGGCUCCCCUCCAACAUCCAGCACAAGCAGCUCCAGCCCGACCAGCGACGCGGCCAAGCAGCCGGUCAGCCGAGAGCUGCCUGCAGGCCGAUUGGGUGCUACUGGGCCCACGGGGGUGCAGUACACGCCCCACUCCCACCAGUUCCCCCGCACACGGAAGAUGUUCGACAAGGGCCCAGACCAGACCGCCGAUGACCCAGACGACGCUGCCGGACACAAGAGCUUCAUCUCGGCCACAAUGCAGACGGGCUUCUGCGACUGGAGUGCCCGGUACUUCGCCCAGCCCGUCAUGAAGAUCCCGGAGGAGCACGACACGGAGAGUCAGGUCCGCAAGGAGCGGGAGUGGCGGUUCCUGCGCAACAGCCGGGUCCGGAAGCAGGCUCAGCAGCUCAUCCAGAAGGGCAUCACUAGGCUGGACGACCAGAUCUUCCUGAACCGGAACCCCGGCGUCCCCUCCGUGGUCAAGUUCCACCCCUUCACUCCCUGCGUGGCUGUUGCCGACAAAGACAGCAUCUGCUUUUGGGACUGGGAGAAGGGGGAGAAGCUGGACUACUUCCACAACGGGAACCCACGGUACACCCGCAUCACCGCCAUGGAGUACCUGAACGGCCAGGACUGCUCGCUGCUGCUCACGGCCACAGAUGACGGCGCCAUCCGGGUCUGGAAGAAUUUCGCCGAUUUGGAAAAGAAUCCAGAAAUGGUGACCGCAUGGCAGGGCCUCUCGGACAUGCUGCCGACAACCCGAGGAGCCGGGAUGGUGGUGGACUGGGAACAGGAGACCGGCCUCCUCGUGAGCUCAGGGGACGUGCGCGUCAUCCGCAUCUGGGACACGGACCGUGAGGCAAAGGUGCAGGACAUCCCCACGGGAGCCGACAGCUGCGUGACCAGCCUGUCCUGCGACUCCCACCGGUCCCUCAUUGUCGCCGGCCUUGGCGAUGGCUCCGUCCGCGUCUACGACAGAAGGAUGGCCCUUGGUGAAUGCCGCGUCAUGACCUACCGGGAGCACUCGGCCUGGGUGGUGAAGGCCCGUCUGCAGAGGCGCCCCGAGGGCCACAUCGUGAGCGUGAGUGUGAAUGGGGACGUGCGCUUCUUUGACCCUCGGAUGCCGGAGUCCGUGAGCACCAUGCAAAUCGUGAAGGGCCUCACGGCCCUCGACAUCCACCCCCAGGCCAACCUGAUCGCCUGUGGCUCCGUGAACCAGUUCACAGCUGUCUACAGCGGGAGCGGGGAGCUCAUCAACAGCAUCAAGUACUACGACGGCUUCAUGGGCCAGCGCGUCGGUGCCAUCAGCUGCCUGGCCUUCCACCCGUACUGGCCGCACCUGGCCGUGGGCAGCAACGACUACUGCAUGUCCGUGUACUCCGUGGAGAAGCGCGUCAGGUAGCCUCGCCCGCCCGCAUGCACGCAUGGCCCCGCGGCUGCCCGGGCGCUCCGGUCCUGACUGGCUGCUGAGGGCUCCCGGAGGCCAGGCUGUCCAUCUGUCUGUCUUCGCUGCUGUGCUCCGGAGCCCUGAGGCACGGUGGCUGCUUCUCUGCUGGGCCACAGCUUCCAGGCCAAGGACACAGUCACCCUCGCCCACUCCUUCCUGUCCUGCUUUUCUUCUGAGAGUUUUAACGGGGAAUCAAACUCAUUUUCUUUUCCGAGCAAUCCAAGCAGGAGCCCCACAGAGGCCCACGAGGACGCCGGUCUCCAGGGCUCGGCACCCGCGGGCCCCGGGGCCACCACUGCCUGGCCGAAGGCCUGCACGGGGCCCAGCCCCAGCCUGGCCGCACCCUCCUGCUUCUGCGCCCACAGGGACAGUUCCAAGCAGGUGGGACAGGCUGGGGGUCCAAGACGGGAACAGGACAUGGAGGAGCUGGCGACCGGCCCUCCCGCCCAUGCACCGGGGCUCACUGCAGCCCCCCCACCCCGGCCACCCUGCAGUCACCCUCCUGGAACAGCCUUGGAUCCGAGCCUGGGCUCUGUGACCACAGCCCCCUCAGCAGGAGGGGCCUGUGGCCUGGGACACGCAAGACCAGUCCUGGAGUCCCCACCACUGCCCAGGUCCGUGACCUUCCUGCCUGUGCUUGCACACGCACCACACCCACACACACUUGCACACGGGAGACGGAGCAGGAGCCCUGAGAGCGUCAUGACGAGGUGACACCCAGGCGCCAAUGCCGUCCCCACCUGGCGCAGCAGCAGCACAGAGGAGCUCCUCGCUGAUCACGUCAGCGCACGUCUGUGUGGGUGCACAGGUGUGUGUGCGGGUGCGCGGGCGGGUGCGCGGGCGCGUGUCUGUGGGUGCCCAUCAGGGAGCCGAGGCCACAGCUGAGCCCAGGAUCGGCCUUGGAGAACAUGCUGAGCGAGCCCAAACACUCGGAGAACAAAACCUGCACCGUGACGUCCGAACAGUGCUUACCCCCCUUUCCUUGGGAAACCGGGACACUCAGAGGAGUGAGGUGGCUUUGCUGACUCUGCCUGUAGGAGCCCAGCAGCCAUGCAAACCUGACAGAGUGGUGGCGAGAGUUUCCGACCCCUCGCACUGCAGACGAGGUUCUGCCGCAGCCGAGGGUGCGGUGGGCGGAUGGAGCCCCGCAGCCUGGGUGCGGCGGGCGGGGGCAGGGGGCGGCCCUGCUGCCUGUGGGCCCUGCGUGCCCCCAGCAGGAGAAGGUUCUGGGACAAAAAUCCCACUCCAGCCUGUGACCUUCCACUGUGUCCUGGGUGAGAUGGCCGCACGGGGUCAGGAAGGCCACGGAAAGUUCCACUCCUCCCCACACAGCACCCACCAGCUCAGCAAGGCGCUCCAGCCAGUGACCCCGGAACCUCCUGGAAGCUGAGCCCCCCCCAAACGCUGAGAGCGUCUGACUUGUGGGGCGGUCCCACUCCAGAUUCCCGGCUCACGGGGGAUUCUGUUUGUUUUGAGACAAAACCAUGACCUGUCCCAGUGAGGCCACUGCCCCCUUGGUGUGGCCGCGGCCACCAUGCGGGGCGGCCCGACGCGAAAACCCAAUCAUGAAAUUGACCCAGGCUCAAGAGUCUGACCGGAAGGUGCGUUCGUCCCUAUUUAUUUGCCAGAACGACAAGCGUGGCGUUGUUCCGCGGACGCCAGGGCGCCGACAAUAAACUGCCAACAAACCCGAGCGCAGAGGUGGUGGCGGGC